AUGCGGUCAGUCCUACCAUUGGCAACUACCAACGACGCUGUAGUUCUUACCGGUGAUAAUCAUACUCACCGUGAUUCUUCUAUCACCACCUCUAUCAACAGCGAUUCAUUCUUAAAGGGCGGUCGCAAAAUUAAGGUUGGUGAUUGUGCUCUUUUCAAGCCCCAAAAGGAUUCUCCUCCUUCCAUUGGUUUAAUUCGUUGGUUGGCAUUGAGCAAGGAGAAUAAUUUGCAGCUAGGUGUGAAUUGGCUGUAUCGAUCAUCUGAGCUCAAGCUCGGGAAAGGAACUUUGUUGGACAGUGCACCCAACGAGAUUUUCUAUUCCUUUCAAAAAGACGAAGUUCUUGCUGCAUCUCUACUCCAUCCUUGUAAAGUUGCAUUUCUUCCUAGAUGUGUUGAGCUUCCCAUUGGAACAUCCUCUUUCAUUUGUCGGCGUGCCUAUGAUAUUGCAAACAAGAGUUUAUCGUGGCUAACAGAUCUGCAGCUCAUUAAUGACCAGCAAGAGGAAGUAGAUAAACUUUUGUACAAAACAAGGUCAGAAAUGCAUCAGACUUUGCAGCCUGGUGCUCGUUCUCCUAAGCAAAAUAAUGGUCCAACUUCAACCUCUCAACUGAAACAGGGGUCUGAUAUUGGCCCGAAUAGUGCUAAUGCUCCUUCACAAGCCAAAGGAAAAAAGAGGGAAAGAGGUGAUCAUGGUUCCGAUACUGUGAAACGCGGACGUUCUGCACGGCCUGAUGAUGGUGAUUCUGUUCAGUCCAAAACUGAAAAUGAAUUAAAACAUGAGAUUGCAAAAAUAACAGAAAAAGCUGGCGUGGUAGAUUUGGAUGGGGUUGAGAAGCUUGUGCAGUUGAUGCAACUAGAUACGCCGGAGAGAAAAUUGGAUUUGGGUAGUCGCUCCGUGCUUGCCUAUGUAUUAGCUUCCAUUGAUAAUGUUGAUUGCCUCAGUCGGUUUGUCCAUCUGAGAGGUUUGCCUGUGCUUGAUAGUUGGCUGCAGGAUAUUCACAAAGGUAAAAUUGGUGAUGGUAAUAACUUAAAAGAUGGUGAUAAAUCAGUAGAAGAAUUUCUUCUUAUUUUACUUCGUGCGCUUGGUAAAAUUCCGGUGAAUCUCCAAGCCCUUCAAACAUGCAACAUAGGCAAAUCUGUGAAUCAUUUACGAUCCCAUAAAAACAUGGAAAUUCAGCGAAAGGCACGAACUUUAGUCGAUACCUGGAAGAAACGCGUUGAAGCUGAAAUGAUUAACAUCGAUGUGCAGUCUGGUUCAAACCAAGGUGGAUCUCCUUGGCCAUCCAAAUCACGCCUUCCGGAGGCUUCUCAUGCUGGUAGCAGAACUCCAGAUGGUGCCAUGAAAAGCUCCCUUACUCAGAAUUCUUCAGCAAAAACUAGUUCUGGGAGGUCCUCGCCUGGAGACAGUGGUAACAAGUAUGUAUUGUCAUCUCUUGGGCCAGUAAAACUGGCUCCAACCCUUGCCUCCGGAAAGGAGAGUCAGCUGAGAGGUUCUGGGCGAGGCACUGUUGAUGCCCCUCAAUUUAGGGAGGAUAGGAAUAGUAGUUCUAAUCAGUCUCAUAACAAUGGUCAGUCUUUGUCAGUGAAGGAUGACAUUGAGAGUUCUGCCUCUCUUGGAGCGACUGUUAAUAAGACAUCGAGCACUAGUACUCGUAAUCGGAAACAUACUGGUUUUCCUGGAGCAUCAGCAUCUACUGUUCAGAAAGAAACCAGCUCUAGCAGAAGUUCUCCAGUGCACAAGAAUACUGCUUUAGAGAAGUCGUCUCACCCUGCAACAACUGGUGAAAGGAUUGUUGAGGGGCCCAUAAGUGAUGGCAUUAGCCAUAAGCUAAUUGUUAAGAUACCAAACCGCGCGAGAAGUCCUGCACAAGGGGCUUGUGGAGAUUCUCUAGAAGAUCCUAUGACUAUGAGCAGCCAUGCGUCUCCUGUGAAGAAACACAAGCAGUCUGAGACUACUUCAAAAGACAAGGGUGAAACAUACUAUGUGAACAAUGACAAGGAACAUUCAUUGACUGGUUCGGAGUGUGCUGGAUCACCUGCAAAUCCUCCCGAGGAUGGCCAAAGCAUGGCCACCGAUGCUUCCAAGAUAUUGAAUGAAGUUCCUGCAUCAGACAAAUUGAAAUCUAUAAAAUCACAAGCAUCUUCUUUCAGCCCCAUGAAUGCUCUUGUCGAGAGCUGUGCCAAGUACUCAGAAGCUACUUCGUCAUUGUCUCUUGAUGAUGAUGGUGGCAUGAAUUUGCUUGCCAGUGUAGCUGCAGGGGAAAUUUCAAGAUCUGAUGUUUCCCCUAAUGAUUCUAUCGAAAGGGCGACAGCUGCUGUGGAGGAAGUUUGCUCUGGUGUUGAGACAAAAUCUAAAUCUUCUUCUAAAGAUUACUCUGCAGGAGUGCAGAAUGAGGUUUACAAUGAUGGAUGUGAUGGUAAGAAACAGGCUGUUCUUAAUUGGUGCUCUGGGCCGGAUGCAUUUUCGAGUGGCAGUAAAGACAUUGACUCUUCAUUCACGAAAUUAAGAAGCAACACCGACCCCAAGUGUGGAAUUGGCUGUAUGAUGACUGAAGAAAAGGACAAUACUAAUUUGAUUAGUGGUGAUUGUAAGCUAAUUGCUGGUGAUGCGGUAUCUAAGACACUAGAAGAAGGUAACAGCAAGAAUUUUAAGGAUGAAGGAUUGAACAUGGCAUCUGUAUCUUUUCCGAAACAGACUUCUACAGUUGCUGAGUCUGUAUUUCCGGACAAGGCUAGUAAUAAAGGGCUGGAUCAACUUGAAUUUGGCCAGAAGUCUGUGCCCGAAGCUGGUGUUUUAGCCAAAGUAGUAGAGCUCAGUGAGAAAGAUGCUGCAGACAAGUCAGAAAGAGUGAAAUCUGAUAAAGAUUUGCAGAAAAAUGAGGGCAUUCAAAGUCAAGCUUUUUCAUGCUCAACAUCUCGUGAUCUGAUCAGUCGCUGUGAAGUGGCCAGUCUAGAACACCAGGAGAUUGCCGAGCAUUCACUUCCUGAGAGUCAGUGCCCAGGUUCUGUGAGGCAUGAAUCUCAGAAGGAUGAGUUGUGUGAAAACAGAUUUGCUUCAACCAGUAAACAUGACCGUUUUCCUCCGGAGAUUAGCACGAGGACUGCUAAUACAGGCAAGUCUGCAUCUAUUGGUACUGGUUCUGCUUCUUCCACUUAUUCUGGAGCAACCGAACCUUGUGAAAAAAUGAAGUUUGACUUAAAUGAAGGUUUUAGUGAUGAUGAUGAUGAUGGGAAAUAUGAGGAGUCUGUCACUUUAUCAUCAACUGUUCAAAAUGUUAAUUCUUUACCAUCUCCUUUGAGUUCUAUUCCUCUUGGCCAUUCUGCCUCCAUUACUGUAGCUUCUGCUGCCAAAGGCAACUUUUCUCCUCCGGACGAUCUAUUGAGAAGUAAAGUGGAACUUGGAUGGAAGGGCUCUGCUGCCACUAGUGCAUUUCGUCCUGCGGAACCAAGAAAAGUUGUUGAAACGGCAGUUGGCACAUCUACUUCAUCUUAUGCUGAUGCUUCAACCAGUAAACAUGACCGUUUUCCUUUGGAUAUUGACCUCAAUGUGCCAGAUGAAAGAGUUCUGGAGGAAUUGGCUUCUCGAGGAUCCGCUUUGGCUUUUGAGUCAACUACUCAUCUAGCAAGCAAUUGUGCCUCAUUGCUAAGUGAAGCAUCGGGUUCAAUGCAACGGAGUUCUGGUGGGCUGGAUCUCGAUUUGAAUAGGGCCGAUGAGGCAAAUGAUAUUGUGCACUUCUCUACUAGCAGCAACCAUCACGUCAAGGCUCCCUUUGCGCACGUCAAACCAGUGAGUAAUUUACAUAUUCAGAGGGAUUUCGAUCUAAACAAUGGACCUACAAUUGAUGAUGCUAGUGUAAGGCAGUUCUCAGUCAGUCAUUCAGUCAAGGGUGGUGUAGUCGCACAGCUGCCUUCUGCUGGCCUCACAAUGAGCAAUCAGGGGCCUAACAGCUUCACGUCUUGGUUUUCUCCCGGGAAUACAUACUCAACAGUAGCAAUACCAUCGGUAUUACCUGACCGAGGGGAACAUUCGUUUUCUGUUUUCCCACCUGGUGGACCCCAAAGAUCAUUUGGGCCCGGCGGUGUUACCCAAUUCAAUCGUGAUGUGUACCGUGGAUCUGUGUUGUCAUCUUCUCCUGCAGUGCCUUACCCGUCCGGUCCAUUCCAGUACCCUGUAUUUUCUUUUGGGGCCACUUUUCCUCUCCCUUCAGGCACUUUUUCAGUUGGAGGUAAUUCGUAUCCGGAUUCCUCUUCUGGUGCAAGGAUUUUUCCACCUUCAAUGAAUUCACAAUAUCUGGGACCUGAUGGUAAUGCCGUACCCCAAUUUCAGAGGCCUUUUAUGGUUGGCCUUGCUGAUGUGAACAAUAAUGGUGUGUUGGAUAGCAACAGGAAGUGGGGCAGACAGGGUCUGGAUCUUAAUGCAGGCCCUGGCACCAUUGAAGGUGAAGUGAAGGAAGAGAAUUUGACUCACUCGUCUGGCCAACAGUCUAUUUCCAGUUUUCAAGCUCUUGCGGAGGAGCAGUCUCGUAUGUUCUCAGUUUCAGGUGGUAUUCUGAAGAAAAGGGAGCCUGAUGGUGGCCGGGACAAUGAGCCCGCCAGACGUAGGCAUUCUUCGUGGCAGUAG